AUGUUUGAAAUAAACGAUCUUUUCGAUACGUUUCUUUUUCGCACGACAACAGUCACAGGUUUUCUUUUCUAUUGGUUACCAAUCAUAUGCAUACUGUCGCCAACUUAUCUGAGUCCAUUUACGUUCGUGGAUUCGACUCAAGAAUUCAAAGCCUAUCGAAUGGUUCAAUACGAUUUAUAUGGUCAAGCUUAUGGCAGCCGACAAGCGUUUGUUUCGAGUGAAGUUCGUUUAUGGUCACACGCAAAUUUGAACCGCAAAGCUGCAUUGAUACGUCUUGAAAAUCUAACCAUCGAACGAUUUCGUUCAUUAGUUUCCAAAGGUAUCAAUGGCUUGUUUGUUGUUAUUCCUUCAACAACUACGCAAUGGUCAGACGAACAAAAGUCCGAAAUCUGCGAUUUGGAAACCAUUUUACUUGCUGAAAGUGUUCCAAUUCCUAUUUAUUUUCUACCUGAAAACCAACAAAUGAAUGAUUUAUAUAAAUCGAUCGAAUCACGUCGCGACUCAACAAAAGAUUCUGCUCUAGCCGUCAUAUACGAUAUGAUCACAGCUGACGGAUACCAAUUGUCUGUUAAUACAGGCAAAUACAAUCAACGAACGGACAGUGUUUUGUACAAUAUUGUCGGUAAGCUAGUUGGUCAUGGAAUCGAAGAACGUCUUCCCAAAAUUCUUUUCGUUACGCAUUAUGAUGCCAUGGGUUUGGCAAGCGGAUUGGCACAAGGUGCUGAUUCGAAUGCCAGUGGAGUUUUAAUUUUAUUGAAAUUAAUUCGUUUGUUUUCCAAAUUAUAUGCUAAACAAACAACACGAGCUAAGUACAAUCUUCAUUUCCUCUUUGCUGCUGGUGGAAAGUUGAAUUAUCAAGGAAGUAAGAAGUGGAUCGAUGAUUAUCAUGAUCAAAAACAGCAACAACAACUUCCGAAUGACGUCGAUGUUGUUGUUUGUCUAGACUCACUAGGACAAUCCAAUGAACUUUACAUGCAUGUUUCAAAACCACCCAAGGACACACAAACAGCUGGUAUUUUACGUGAACUUCUGGCGCAAUUGAGUGAGAAAUCAACACACGGUCCAUUAACAUUCGAACAAAUUCAUAAGAAAAUCUUAAAAACGAGCGACUUUGUCGCAUGGGAACAUGAAAAAUACUCAUGGGCGAAGCUACCCGCUUUCACCUUUUCACAUUUAAAUUCAUCAAAAUCAUGUUCACAUUCAUCAAUUAGUGAUGUGUACGAUGAAGUUAAUCUCGCAUCUAUCGAACGUAACUAUCAAUACAUCAGCGAUGCACUUAUUCGUUUAAUUUUCAAUAAAACCGAUGUUACUUUUCCCAUCAUUGAUCAAAAUUAUCUUUUAUCGGAUCAACAGUCGGAUUACGAUCAGGUGACAUUCACCAAACAAUGGCUAACAUUUUUAACAAAUUAUUCGCGGACACCAUCCUUGUUAACUAAAACUCAUCCUGUCGUACUUGCACUGGAGCAAUAUGCUCAUCGGUAUUUAAGUAAUGUUGUAAAAACAACGAUUCGUCCAAAUAAAAAAGAUCCCGAGUUCGUCUUUUUCGACGGUGAUGAUGAUCAAGGACGACAGUUAUACGUUUAUCGUAUCAAACCAGCUAUCUUCGAUCUUGUCUUAGCCAUAUUCAUCGCUAUUUAUCUCGGUUUGGUGUAUUUGGUCGCCGCUCACUGGUCAACAAUCAUCAGUGUACUCUUACGUUAUAGAUCGUAUACGAAUAUGUUUUUAUCCCCAGCAUCAUCCCAAUAUGGUGCAUACAAGCGUAAAAUUAAUUAG